AUGCCACCUUUUUGUAUUGAACUGCUUGUCCAGUUGAGAGCCUACAACGACUUCUAUGGAGCUCGGGAUUACCCUGUUGUGAAGUACUUGCGAAGACCCUUGUAUUUUGAGGUAGAGCUCCUGUACAGCAGGGAUCCACAGGCUGAAUUGUUUUUGGAGAACUGCUGGGCAACCUAUUCUGCUGACAGGAAUAGCUCUCCCAAGUGGGAUGUUGUGGACAGCUGUGAGAACUCUGCAGAUGAGUACUUGACCAUCUUUCACCCAGUCUCCAGCAAUGCAAGAGUGCUGUUCCCUUCCCAUCUGAAGAGGUUUGAAGUGAAAAUGUUUUCCUUCACAAGCGGCCGGGAUGCACUGAAAGGACAGAUUUACUUCCACUGCAGUGUUGUGAUAUGUGAUUCAAACCGGCCAUCAGACAGCCUCUGUAGCAGAUGGUGCAUUCCAGGGAAACAGAGGCUUGGUCGCAGUGCUGAAGGGAUGGAUGGUGGUGCAGUAAAGGCAUUUGUGUCUUCUGGCCCAAUUGAGCUGAAGAGAGAUGGAUCCCUUCACUUUAUGCCUAGAAGCGCACAAGUCAAUGUGUGGUCCCUUCUUGGAGCUGCAAUGGUGUGUGUUCAGUGGUUGUCUUUGUAGCUGGAGUUGUAUCUUUCUGGAAACUGCCAAAAAGUGUGUAUUGAUAAAUAAAAAUCUUACUUGUAAAAGCUUA